UUGUUUUCAAAGAAAAUAUUAAAAGAAAAAAUAUUACUAACAGCUAUAAUACCGAGUAUCAUGAAGGUAUCAUUACACUCAGCAGUCCCACAAUCCAUCACGCUUCCUUUUCCAGCAGCGCCUGCGAUCAUGGCGGACGUUGUAGCGGAGCAGGUCGUGGACCAGAAACCAGUCCAGGACCGGGAACUGAACGGGCAGCCGGAGGACAGGGAAGAAGCCGACCCGGUGGAGGAGACGGCGAAAAAGAAGAAGAAAAAGAAGAAGAAGAAGUCUGCAACGACAGCUGUUGAGGCGGAUGGAGUGGCCGAAGUGACCAAACAGCUGGAGAAGCAGGUGAUAGAGGAGAAAGAGAAGGAGGAGGACGGCGAAGAAGAUGGAGACGAUGGCGAAAACGCGGCAGGGAAAAAGAAGAAGAAGAAAAAGAAGAAGAAAGGACCCAAAACUCAAACCGACCCUCCAUCUGUGCCCAUCUGCGACUUAUUCCCAAGCGGAGUGUUUCCCGUCGGACAGGAGUGCGAGUACCCUGCCUCUCAGGACGGUCGCAGCGCGGCGUGGCGCACCACCAGUGACGAGAAGCGAGUUCUGGACAAAGCCAACGAGGAAAUGUGGAGCGACUUCAGGCAGGCGGCCGAGGCCCACCGGCAGGUCCGCCAGCACGUCCGCAGCUUCCUCAAGCCCGGCCUGACCAUGAUCGAGAUCUGCGAGCGUUUGGAGGACUGCUCCCGCAAGCUGAUAAAGGAGAGCGGUCUGAACGCGGGCCUGGCCUUCCCCACCGGCUGCUCCCUCAACCACUGCGCCGCCCACUACACGCCCAACGCCGGCGACCCCACCGUGCUGCAGUACGACGACGUCUGCAAGAUCGACUUCGGCACGCACAUCAACGGGCGAAUCAUCGACUGUGCCUUCACCGUCACCUUCAACCCAAAGUACGACAAGCUGCUGGAGGCCGUGAGAGACGCCACCAACACCGGAAUCAAAAACGCCGGCAUCGACGUGCGCCUGUGCGACGUGGGCGAGGCCAUCCAGGAGGUGAUGGAGUCCUACGAGGUGGAGCUCGACGGCAAAACUUACCAGGUGAAGCCGAUCAGAAACCUCAACGGCCACUCGAUCGGUCAGUACCGGAUACACGCCGGGAAGACGGUGCCCAUCGUCAAAGGCGGGGAGGCGACCAGGAUGGAGGCGAGUUUUUGCCUCCGGCGUUAUAACGCCGGCCGCCCCCGUGAGGGGGAGGUUUACGCCAUCGAGACGUUCGGCAGCACGGGUAAAGGCGUGGUGCACGACGACAUGGACUGCUCGCACUACAUGAAAAACUUUGACGUGGGCCACGUCCCCAUCAGGCUGCCCCGAGCCAAGCACCUGCUGAACGUCAUCAACGAGAACUUUGGCACGCUGGCGUUCUGCCGGCGCUGGCUGGACCGCCUGGGCGAGAGCAAGUACCUGAUGGCCCUGAAGAACCUCUGCGACCUGGGCAUCGUGGACCCCUACCCCCCCCUCUGCGACACCAAGGGCUGCUACACGGCUCAGUUCGAGCACACCAUCCUCCUCAGGCCCACCUGCAAGGAGGUGGUGAGCCGGGGAGACGACUACUGACACCCCCCCGCCCUUUGAACCAGGCCCCCCCCGCACCGCCUCACAAGCAUCUCCAGACCAAGCCCACCCAGCAGAGCGUUACAUCAUCAACCACAGCUAGAGAAAUCAAACAAGCCAACACGUUUCUGUCAGGGGGGGUUGGAGGUGCGGGGGGGCUUUACCCCGAGCAUCCUGCAGACCUCAUUCAGCAAAAAACAUGAAAUCGUUUAGGCAGUCAAUGUAUUAAAAGCUGCUGCUGAAUCCAGCGUUCAGAGCCGGUGAGCAGGGGAAGCUUUUUUUUUUCUUUCCGUUUUUAAAUCUCUUCGUUUAAUUUUUAGUUUCUGUGGCUCCACUCCGAGCCGUCGGCACCUCGGUCCCCUUUUCAGAGGGAGCUGAAGGUCAGGCCGCUGCAUGACCAGCAAUCUCCGCAAGACGAGACGAUUCUCAUCACUUAAAGCCCGGGGGGCCGUCUCCACGACCACCCCCCCAUACACACAGACACCGAGCACCCGCAGCUGCCUGGCUUUGGUCGCUACAGGGGGGGGCGCACGCCCGCCCUCCAGCCUCCGUUUCUCUGAUGUCCGUACGAUAUCUCUGAAAUGACUGCCGUCACUGUAUGCUCCCAGUUAAAACGCUUCAUUUUGAACUCUCCCUGAAAGUGUUUUUUUGUAAGAAAAAAAAAAGAAUUAAAAGAAUUUUUGCUCACUGCGGGCUGCCUCUUCUGUAGUUGUAGUUAAUUAGUCCCUCAGACUAACAUAUAAGAUGUUAAUUGAGAAAAUUAAAGUAGAUUUUACAUUUAAGUAGUAAAUACAGAUGUGAAUAUGUACAUUUUCUUAACAUCUCAAUAAGCUCAAAGUAAAAGUUUCAUACUCAUUCAUACCAAAUCUUCAAGAUAGCAGGGAUGCUGUAAACUAAGAGAUAAGUGGACACAGACCUCUUUUGUAGAAAAAUGAAAAAAUAUUCUCAUUUAUUGAGGUAAUUUUUUCUAGAAAAAAAUUGAGGUAACAAUUUGCAUAGUAUAACUUCCAUAAAAUUUACACACACAUACGCACACAUCCAUGGAGUAGUAACCGAAAUGCAAACAAUUAACCCUUAGACAGUGACUGGAAAAAGAAGAUGAGGUGUGCUUUGAUUCCUCUUAAUGGACAAAUCGAAGGGAACAUAAUCGAACAGUAAAAAUCUGUAGUUGCUGCUGGUGUCGAACAUUUGGGACGAAAUUUUUAAAAAAAAAGGCUGUAUAACACAUUUUAACAGUUGCUGGCCUGGUUUUAGGAUCUCUGAGGAUUGUAUAAAAAUACAUUCAUAAUCCAAACGCUGGUGUGUGGAAUUUCAGCAGAUUCCACUUGGCUUAAAUGAAUAACUAUAAAAAAAUACAUCGGCUCUUUUGGGAAAAGGACACUUUUCUAGCGUGGUACAUUCUGGAGAAGAAAGAUUGUGAAAUCGAGCUGAAAACGAUCCCUUUGGAAACUUCCUCCUUAUGAUAUUAAAGGGAAGAAAGAAAGAAAGAAAACUAGCACCACCCAGCUCGUUUUGAACCCUUUUGGUAAUGCUCACAGGAGUUUCCAGACUCAGAGUGAAAAACAUGCCUUUUGUCUCACUUGUGUACUUUUUUUUUUUACUUUUUUUUUUU